UUGGUAACCCAGCCAAAUAUGGCGGACAAGUUUAGAGGAAUGUCAUGCGUGAAAGUUUUUGGGAAUAAUUCUGCCAAAUGAAUCCUUACAGAAUGUAGUUUCCUUCGGUCAAUAGAGCAUUAUUACAAUAUGAACCGUUUAUCAAUCUCGUGUUUAACUUCCCCUGCGGCUGUUUGUCGCUCAUGUGGUGGUAGAUCUAGAUUUUUCAUUCCACGUGUUGCACUCUCUACUUCGUUCCAGCGCUAUGCAUUUACAACUUUGACAAAGAAUGCAGCUGAAAAGGGAAAAGAGACUAAUCCAGACUCGAUUCUUAAACCAAAAGGGAAAGGAAAGGGAAAUGUCAGCGUCGAUUUACCAGAAGCAAAAAAGCAGGAGAUUUUGAAGGAACUUAACAAUCGGAGUUUAGAAGAACUCUCAAACACCAAAGGCAUAGGGAAAAGUAAGGCAACUUCUCUUGUACAAUAUCGUGACAACUUUGGACCAUUUCAGAGCAUAGAGGAUCUCUUUCAAAUAAAGGGUUUUGGUUCAGCAUUCUUUGACAAUUUGCAAGAAGCUGGUGAAUUAGCAGCUGUAAAGAAAAAGACUUCUAAAGGACUUGAAUCAAUCUGGGAACUGUUAGUACGUAACAAAAAAGAGGUGAUAUCAGAGAUUGUUUCUAUAGAUAUUGGUUUCCAGAAUGCUGCCUGGGUCCAUGUGGAUAAAGAUAAACAGGUGUUGGGUUGGUCACGGGCUGAGAUAAUCAAACCAAAACCUUACAAUCCAGCUGUUUUUCGACCAUUGGUUCAAGAGUUUGUGAACAAGGUUCCCAAGACGGACAUUUACGUAGUGGAAAUGCAAAGUCAUCGGAUAGGAAAACAGACUGUGUCUCUUCUUCCUUUUGCUGUGCACCUUCGAGUUUUCGAAGCCAUGUUGACUUGCCUACUACCUGGACUAGUAAUACCAUUUGACCCACUUUACACUUCCAAGCAUUUCUGCCUUCCAGUUGGGACAAAGAAGAAGAGAGCGGCUGUGAAUUUGGUGGAAAGCUUAUUUCGGGACAGAAAAAAUGAAGAACCAUUCGAGGCGCAGUGUGAACAGUUCCUCAAAGAGCAGCAAGGGAUGGAAGGGAGUGAAGAUUUUGUGGAGUCGUUUAUCGACAACCCGGGAAAUAAAAACAAACCUCUUCUUCAGGUGUCGCCGAAGUUUGUGGAUUAUUUUAAGUCUUGUGCUAAGAAGGACGACUUGAGUGACUGCCUUCUGCAAGCUCUGGCGUUCUACGAUUUGAUUGUGGAGAGUAGAAAACAGUGAUAAAUUCUGAUCAUCAGGCCGACAUUAGCUACCUUUGGAUGGUCUCCUCCACAGCCGUUUGUGGGGAUGUCACGCUCACGCGUUGUGUGACAUCCCUCUAAAAAACGGCUGCGGAGGAUACCACCUUUACGAUCGUCACGCAAUGCUUCCUUCAUGAAGGGGGUUGAGAUUUUGUGACAUGCCCAAAGAACUCUAGAUCCGCACAUUUUUAUCAAGUCAUGGUCCGUUUGACUCUUGCUUCGAAGUGGUGACAAAGGUUGAAUGGAUGAAAAUCAACCCAAAGCUAUUACUCAAUAAAGGCUUAAACUUGCAAAAGUGUAACGUGUGGUUUAAAGGAACCGGGUAAAAUUGUUGUUAGGAAGUCUCUGUUUUUUGUAUUGGGAAUCCCUUUGUUUUUAGAGUAUUUCGUUGUGUACCGCCUGACAUUUAAACUGUUCAAUGGUCGCCAUCUUGAAGUUAGUGUAAAAAAAAUAAAUAAAAAAUAAAAAAUAAAUAAAUUAACUUUGCAUGGGCGGUUUCGAAAGAUCGGGGUUCGGGGCAAAAAAGUUGCAGGCGCUGACGAAAUCCUGUUCCAACAUCCAAACGUCGAUCACGACAUUAGCAACAAACAUGGUAUAUCAAUGUCAAACAUGUAAGACAGAGCACAGUUAGUGCCCAGGUGUAACAUAAUGAUGCCAAGAUGAUUAUUAUUAGUUUAAUUAUUUAUUUUUUUGAUUAUUUUGAAAUUCUUGGACAGCACUGGUGGCUAGACCAAGGCCUUUCUUGAAGAGUGACAAAUAACUUAUAAGGUGUGAAAUGAUUUUGGUUCUGAAGUGAGUGGUACUUUUAUAUGGUAACAAAAUGGUAGUAGUUUCAGAAUAUCAACAUCUAGAAACUGCAAAUAAAGAGAAAAUAAAAA